CUGUCCCUUGGCUUUCAUUUUUUACCCCACAUCCCAUCCUACUCAUCACUGCUGGAGAGGUGGUACCAGACUAGAUGGACUGUUGUUCCCAUCUAGUAGAGCAGGUCCUAUGUCCCCAAAUCCUGAUUGAGGCUUGCAGUGCAGAUGACACCAACAUGUUUUAACCCCAAUACUGGACCAUGACUUGGGAAGAGACUUAACACAUUAUAUAUGGUUAUUUAUUUAUAUUGGGCAGCGCCUACAGGCCUCAAUCAGGGCCCCUUGGUCUAGGCACAAUAUGCCCAGCAACACGCACCGCGACCCGGGCCCCGCAGAGGGCACGGCGCGCUAGCCCUCGGGAGCACAACCACACUGUUGGGGUCCCUGAAACCGAGCCGCCCGCCGUGACGCCGGCAGCUCAUUUUGUGCCCGGUCGGAGCCUCCCCCCGAAAGGGGCGCGUCGGGGGCCAGCGCGGGGCUCGGCGCCAGGGCUGCGGCGCGGACGCCGAGGCACUCGGGGGUGAGGCUCCUCCCACGGGAGGAGGGACCGGAUCCCCCUUGAGUCAGCCGCUCUCUCCGGGCUGGGGCCGGCAGCGGCCUCGCUCCCUCGCUGGCUGGCGGGGUGUCCCCUUCCCGUCGGCGUCAGAUUCCCCCGCGCGCGGCCCGGCCCUGGCGGGGGCUGCGACCCGCUCCCCGCCCACGCCGGGCUCGCCCCCCGACCCGACCCGGGAACAAGAUGGCGGCGGCCCCGCCGCCCCCACAAUGCUCCGCGAGCAGCUGGGUUUCCGGGUGUGGGCGCUGGGGGCGGCGGGUCGGGCGCACUGUAGCAGCCGGCGGAGAGCGGAGGGAGGCGCCUUGCGGCGGAGCCUGUCAGGGGGUGCAGAGGAGGCUUCCCGGACCGAUGUGAGCGGGAGCCACGCUCGGACCAUGAGGCUCCGGCUCUGUGCGCUGGUCCCUGCGCUCCUGCUGCUGCUGCGGGCGCCCGCACUCGGGGCGCUCAGACACCCGCCGCGCCCCGCGGAGCAGCGCCUCGAGAGGCUUGAAUCCGUGCUCUCAGAUUAUGACAUCCUCUCUCUGUCGAAUAUCCAGCAACACUCAUUAAGGAAAAGGGACCUCCAGCCAGAAACGCAUAUAGAGAGACUCUUAAGUUUUUCAGCCUUGCGUAGGCACUUUAAAUUAUACCUAACGUCAACGGCUGAACACUUUUCUGAAAACUUUCAAGCACUAAUAGUGGAUGGUAAAGGCAAGGAAAAGGAGUAUCCUGUACAAUGGCAAGAAUUCUUCACUGGACAUGUAGUUGGUGAACAUAAUUCCAAGGUUAUAGCGCACAUAGCUGAUGAAGACUUUACUGUAAGAAUCAACACUGAUGGCGAAGAAUACAAUGUAGAGCCACUUUGGAGGUAUAUAGAUAAUACUCAAGACGAAAGACUCUUGGUCUACAAAUCUGAAGAUAUUAAGGAUUUCUCACGGUUACAGUCCCCCAAAGUAUGUGGCUAUUUAAAACAUGAGGAGGAAGAAUUACUGCCCGAAGGUCUAGAGGGCAGCCAUUUAGAUGAAGUGAACAUCCUUCGGGAGAAAAGAGCCAUUGCAGACCAUUCCAAGAACACAUGCAAGAUAUUAGUGGUGGCAGAUCAUCGCUUCUUCAAGUAUAUGGGCCGUGGGGAGGAAAGCACAACUAUUAAUUACCUCAUUGAAUUAAUAGACAGAGUGGAUGACAUCUAUCGAAAUACCUCUUGGGACAACGGAAACUUGAAAGGAUACGGCAUACAAAUAGAGCAGAUUAUUGUCCACAAUGAAUCAAGUCUUGUGAAGCCUGGGGAAAAACAUUAUAACAUGGCAAAAAAUCAGCCAAAUGAAGAGAAGGAUGCUUGGGAGGUGAAGACACUGCUGGAGCAAUUUAGCUUUGAUAUAGCUGAGAAAGCAGCUCACGUGUGCCUUGCUCAUCUCUUUACAUACCAGGAUUUCGAUAUGGGAACACUUGGACUAGCUUAUGUUGGAUCUCCCAGGCCUAACACACAUGGUGGCAUUUGCCCAAAGGCUUAUUAUAGUCAAGCUGCCAAAAAAAACAUCUAUUUGAACAGCGGCUUAACCAGCACAAAGAACUAUGGCAAAACUAUCCUCACAAAGGAAGCAGACUUGGUUACUACUCAUGAACUGGGACACAACUUUGGAGCAGAGCAUGAUCCUGACAGUCUGCCGGAAUGUGCCCCCACUGAAGACCAAGGAGGGAAAUAUGUUAUGUAUCCAAUUGCUGUGAGUGGCGAUCAUGAAAACAAUAAGAUGUUCUCAAGCUGCAGUAAACAAUCCAUCUGUAAGACCAUUCAGAGCAAGGCCCAGGAAUGUUUCAAAGAGCGCAACAACCAAGUAUGUGGGAACUCGAGAGUGGAUGAAGGUGAGGAAUGCGAUCCUGGCCUUUUGCACAGGCAUGCUGAUCCCUGCUGCUCUGCUGACUGUAAACUGAAACAAAAUGCCAGGUGCAGUGAUCGGAACAGCCCCUGUUGUAAAGGUUGCCAGUUUGAAAGCGCUCAGAAGAAAUGCCAGGAAGCCAUAAAUGCUACUUGCAAAGGAGAGUCCUAUUGCACUGGGAACAGCAGUGAUUGUCCGCCCCCUGGGAAUGCGCCAGAUGACACGGUCUGCGUGGAUUUGGGCAAGUGCAAAGAUGGAGAAUGUGUUCCAUUCUGCAUGAGGGAGAAGAGCCUGCAAUCGUGUGCCUGUAACGAAACGGACAAUUCCUGCAAGGUUUGCUGCCGGGACGAGUAUGGCAAGUGCAGUCCGUAUGUUGAUGCUACCCAGCAGUUCCUGUACUUAAGGAAAGGAAAGCCCUGCACUGUGGGAUUCUGUGACAUGAAUGGCAAAUGUGAGAAGCAAGUGCAGGAUGUGAUUGAACGAUUUUGGGAUUUCAUCGAUCAGCUUAGUAUCAAUACUUUUGGGAAAUUCCUUGCAGACAAUAUAGUGGGCUCCGUACUUGUGUUUUCCUUGCUAUUUUGGAUUCCUCUCAGUAUUCUUGUCCAUUUUGUGGACAAAAAAUUGGAUAAGCAGUAUGAAGAGAACACAAAAUCUCUAUUUUGUCCGAGUAAUGUUGAGAUGCUCAGCAGUAUGGACUCAGCGUCUGUUCGAAUUGUCAAGCCCUUUCCGACCGCGCAGUCGACAAGCCGACACCAGCCCCUGCAGCCCACCACAGCAGUGCCCGUAGUAGCUGCAGCACCAAAACUGGACCACCAAAGGAUGGACACUAUUCAGGAGGACCCAAGUACUGACUCUCAUGUUGAUGAAGAUUGUUUUGAGAAGGACCCUUUCCCAAAUAGCAGUUCAGCUGCUAAAUCUUUUGAGGAUCUUACAGAUCAUCCUGUCACUAGGAGUGAGAAAGCAUCAUCUUUUAAACUACAGCGCCAAAAUCGAGUGGACAGCAAAGAAACCGAAUGCUAGCAUCUCGCUGCCUUCCAACCUCAUGACUGUGUGCAAAAUAAAUGUUCAUCGAUUUGAUCUAAAACCAUUUUGUUUAUAUAAAUACAGAUAGAUAGAUAGAGAUAUAUUUUGUGAUGGGAUGGAAGACUGGGGAAAUAAGGAAGUGACCUACUGCAGAUGCUGGUCAUGUGUAUGACCUUCCUUAGCUUAUUAGACAAUUACAUCUUUUUAAAACAAAGAAAAACAUCCAGACUAAAACUAGCUUGUUUUGAAGCUUUUGGAUUUGGUUUUUCUAGUUUCUUAACCUUUACUAUUUCCUUCAACCUGUGGUGUAAAGUGGUACAUCCUGCUGAAUAUUAGGUUGUGUAUAUUAGCAUUUUUAUAACUCAACUUUUUGUAGUUGGAACAACACAGAUAGACAAAAUCAUGGUUUUGGGUGUUUUUAAAAAAACAAACUGUAGUGAGUUUUCUGCAUAGACUAGAGCAUGUAGCAGUUUAGGUAUCCUAAACAGUAUACAAUUAUUUUAUUUGCAAACAAAGAUCAGAGCAGUGAGAUAGGUACAAAUUGUAUUUUAAACAGUCUGAUAAAUACAAUGAAGUGAUACGCGUUGAGAGUUACUCUGGGUUUCAGUUCUAAAACUUCCUUUAAAAUCAAUGGAAGCCACACGUAUAGUUCAUUGAAAAUGGUCCCCGAUGCUGAGAUCUGAAUUUAAUCGCACAAUUAUUUUUUUUCCCUACAUUUUAUAACCCACAUUGCUGAAAAAUAGCUUUUGUAUAAGUCUUCCCAUUCUGAAUGAAGCAUUUCUUGAAAGAACACCUUAUAAUUACAGACCUCUGCCUGGGGGAGUGGAAAGAAAAGAACAGCUGCUUAUGUUGAAAGGACACACAGUUUAGAUUUUGACCUAAUUAGUUUAGGUUUUGACCUUUACAAUGGUUGUUUCAGUCUGAAGUGGUUUCUGUGAUUCAACUUUUUUAUAUACAUAACACUGUUGCCAAGAAAUUUUAAAAAGAAAAGCCACUCAUAGGACCCACAUAUAAUUUAUGAGCUCUUGCUAGAGUAGCAGUUUGUGUGAAAAAUACUACUCUUAGUUGCACAGAUACUGAUGAAUAACACUGAUUAAUUUCAGCUCAUUUCUAAAUACUGAUAAAAAUCAAGGUUUGCCAAAUAUGAAAGGACAAAAUUAAUAAGGAAACCUUUUUAAUUGUACGGUUUCCAAGAGGGUAUUAUAGUAGUGUAAUAUAAAAAGCCUAUAACUUAAUGGAGUGGUGCCCCUUUAAGUUGAUAAGCUUAUUUCCAAAGGCAGAGAUGUGAAUAGUGUAAUCUGUUUGCUAUGAAUGUUACAUGAAAGUUAUUUUCGUAUGUAUUAACAGAUGGACUGUCACAGUAGAAUCAUAGGGCAACUAUUUACUGCUUGGGUCCUACAGAAAGAUGUUCGCUCUUCAUCUAUCUUACGCCAUAAUCAUGUCAUAAUGUAACUUUAAUUUAUAUAAACUUUGUUUAGAAUGGUUUUGCAGCUGUUUUAAAUGUCCACUGGAAAGCAGAUGUGUUCAUCAGCCAGGAAAGCUUAACUAUGGGAGAACUUGUAUUUUUAAUAUUUGAUGGCAGUUAACCAAACCUGUGACAAAAGAAUUGUGUGUUUCCCAGGAUACUUGUUACACUAAUACUUGAACUUGUGCCUUAUGGUAUUCAUAUCUAACUAAUCAUUAUUUUAGUUACACUGGUUUUUGGAUUUGAUUUGUGUAGCCAUAAAAUUUGUUUGAGUUAAAUUUAACUUUCAGUACAACGGAAUAAUAAAAGCUUUUUAUAGGA